AUGGAUUUAGUGAACCACCUCGAAGGACGAUUACUGUUCGCGAUCCCCAAAAAGGGCCGUCUACAACAAGCUGCAUUAGAUCUUAUUUCAGGAUGCGAUAUUCAAUUCCGCCGUGAGACUCGUCUCGAUAUCGCUCUGGUCAAAAACCUGCCCAUCGCCCUAAUUUUCCUCCCCGCCGCCGACAUUCCCACCUUCGUCGGCGAGGGUCGUGUCGACAUUGGCAUCACGGGCAGAGACCAGGUUGCCGAACAUGACGCAAGUCUGCCUGCUGGCGAAGUCUCGGGCGUCACAGAGGUGCUCGACCUCGGGUUUGGCUCGUGCAAGCUGCAGGUCCAGGUUCCUGAAAAGGGAGACAUGCUCGAGUCCAAGCAGCUUGUGGGCAAAAACGUCGUGACCAGCUUCACGUCGCUGGCGACAUCGUUCUUUUCACAGCUGGAAGGCGUGAGCGAUCCAUCGCAGUUGAAGACGAAAAUCAAGUUUGUCGGAGGCAGUGUCGAGGCGGCUUGCGCUUUGGGCGUGGCUGAUGGUAUUGUCGAUUUGGUCGAAUCCGGCGAGACGAUGAGAGCCGCCGGCCUCAAGGCCAUCGACACCGUUGUUGAGAGCAACGCCGUCUUGGUCAAAUCGAAGAACACAACACACGAGCUCGCAGAGCUCAUUACCAGCCGAAUCCGCGGUGUUAUCGUCGCUCAAAAAUACGUCCUGUGUCAGUACAAUAUCAACCGUGAACAGCUCGCUGUGGCCUGUGCCAUCACCCCGGGCAAGCGUGCUGCCACCAUCACAGCGCUGGAGGAGCCCAACUGGGUUGCUGUCAGUGCAAUGGUAGAGAAAAAGAAGAUUGCGACAGUGAUGGACGAGCUGAUCAAGUCGGGCGCGGAGGAUGUUCUCGUGCUCAAGAUUCAAAACACGCGUACGGAGUAG